AUGGCCGAAGUUCUGGGAACUAUUGCCAGCGGGAUCAGUAUCGCGCAGUUGGCUGGAAACCUUGCGUCUAGCAUCAUCAAGUUUAAAAGCUACUGGUACCAGAUCCAGGAUGCACCCGACGAUAUCGCUUUCCUUGUAUGCGAAAUUGAAAUUCACCAUACCAUCCUUCGCAGUAUUUUGGAGAAGCAAGCGCAGCUCACAUCUUCAUGUCAUCCUACAGGUGGAUUCUUUGAUCAGAGUAUAAAACUAUGUCAGAAUGCUUCUUCGGAAUUAGACGGGCUUGUCAACGCCCUGACCAAGGAUAUCAACUCCAAUAGAACGUUGGCAGAACCCAUUGUGCGUUUCCAUUUUCGAUUGAAGGCGGAGCAGUUAAAAAAACUGAAAAAGAGAAUGAAAAAUGCCACUAGAUCCAUGCAUUUAGCCAUAUCUUGGCAGAUGAAUACAGUUCUACAACAGCAGUCCUCAACUCUCACCUCAAAUGUACAAGCGUCACUCGAUAAUUUCUUACAACACUGGCAGAAUCGCCUCUUGAACUCAGGACUCUCCCAGCCUACAUAUAGCACAAAAGUGUCUAUGGAUAGUGCGGUUCUAGCGCAAACCACCAAUAUCACCAUGGAGGCCAAAGCUAGACUCCCAGUGGAUGAUGAUUUUUAUGAACAAGAAUCUUCUCAAACUAUGAGUCAAUACGAUUCAUCAAGUUGGAUCACCUUCGCUUUUGGGUCAAUCGGAAUGCAAAAAGUUAUCAAGAAAAACCACAAAGGGGCUUUCCAGGAGUCCGAAACUGUGUACCACCCCCCGGCUUGGAUACCCCGCAGGGCAUGGCAAGUUAUGUAUACGAAGGAUUUAUCCUCGUUGAGAUGGAAUAUCAACAUUCAAACAUGUCGCACUUUGGACGGGGAUACGGCUUUCCUUGAUUGUGUCGUUAGUGGUGAUAUCCUCAAUGUGCAAAGGAUGCUACGAGAACGGACAGGGUUUGUGAAUGACAGAUCCCAUUGCAGCAUUGACAGCGUUUACUUGACCCAAUCUACGCAAAAGUGGGUAGGAGCAACUCCUCUCCAUAUAGCAGCACAUAACUGUCAUUAUAAUAUAUGUAAGUUGCUUUUUUCUGCAAAUACCGAUGUUUCAGCUGGAGAUUAUUGCACAGGUGCCACCCCUUUGCAGUAUCUAAUUUCUUCGCCAUGCUCGAAGUUUAAGAACGACAACCGGAAGGAACAUUUGGAAACAUUUCGCAUCCUUGCUGAAGGAGGGGCGGAAGAAGAAUUUCUUGGCAACAGUCACUUUCUCGAGGAAACAGAUAUGCCUGUGGAAAUAUUUAAUUACAUACAACACCACACAUUUUUGAAUGAGCCCCUAUUCGCAGAAAAAUGCAACAUUGCAACGAGAUUGUUUAAACGGAGCAGGAAUUACAAUACCCAGCAGUGCGUCAGAUCAUUGCUCGGCGGGUCAAAACUUUCAUUCUACGUCAGGCUGCACAACAAUGAAGAAGCACUGAAAGAAUUUUUCCAGGUCUUAUGUCUGCAAGUUGCUGCCUUUAGGAAUUAUAAGAUAAAAUGUAACUCCGGGGGAAAUUCUUUCACACACUCUGGACACCCAUCAUGGGAAGAACUUCUACGGGAAUUGAUAGUAGCACAGGUUCCUCUCUAUGAGACUGGCCAUCGUGGACUUACACUUCUACAGAAUAUUUUGAGUGACACCGUGUUCGAAACAGGAAUAAACCACAGGGAACGGCAUAUGUUUGACUGGGUCAAGAUAUUGAAGUCUUCUGGUAUUGAUCUGGAACAAUAUGGCAAAAAAGAACGAUCUAUCUUCAAGAUGGGAAAGCGCGACGAUUUUGAGUCACUAGUAUUUUUGAGUCGCAUAAACCGAGCCGAAGUUUUUGAUUUUGGGGGCCCUAUGAAGCCGGUAAUCAGUUAUGAACUAGGGUGGUCUAGUUUUAUUGAUUUUACCUACGGUCCUUGUGUUGAGAAUUGGAAUUUUUGGUUCUCAGAACCAACGGAUCGAUUUGCUGGAGACUUUUGGUCGCUCAUCGAAGAUCCGCCUUUAAUGAAUCUUGUUCCCGGCGCAUGGGUUGAUAAGUCACGCUAUACUUACGAUGAGUUGUUCCAAAAUUCUAUAUUGGAUGUAAAUAUCAGACUUAGCUGA